AUGGCCGCCCCCCGGCCUCCCCCCCCAACCGCCUCCUCCGCCUCCUUCGGCACGGCCAGCAGCGGGGGCUCGCUGCCCAUCUGGGAGCCCUCCGCCUGCCUGCCCCGGCUGACGCGCGUGCUGAACGCGCGCGACCUGGCCGAGGCCCUGCCCGCCAUCAGACCCGGCCGCAUCUUCCGCUCCGGCAGCCCCUCCAACGCGUCGCUGGAGGACGCGCUGCUCCUGCGUCGCGACCUGGCCAUCCAGCAGUUUGUGGACUUCCGCUCCUCCUCGGAGCUGGCGGAGGACACCGCCUGGCCCCUGGUGCUGUCCAACGGCGUCAUCAAGACCUACGACAGCUCGGGGCGGGUGAGCGAGGUGGUAGUGGACCGCAACCCGGAGCUGGCGGGGCACGGCUGCGACGCCUUUCCCGCCGAGCUGCACCGCCUGUCGCUGCUGGAGCGCAACAAGUUCAUCCGCGGCCUGCUUCCGCGCUUGCCCUACCGCGCGGUGGCGGCGGCGGCCUGGUACAAGCUGGUGGGGGACGAGGUGGCCAUGCGCGGCGCUGUGGUGCCCGUCAUCAACGCCGGCGGCCUGCUGCUCAUCUACCAGAUCCUGCUGGAGACGGCCAGCGUGGAGCUGGCGCGCACGCUGGAGGUGGUCGCGGCCGCCGCCGCCGAGCGCAAGCCCCUCCUCUUCUUCUGCAAGCUGGGCAAGGACCGCACGGGGACGGUGGCCGCCCUGGUGCUCACCGCCUGCGGCGCCAGCCGGAAUCAGAUCGUGGCAGACUACGCGCGCUCCGACGGCGUGAACGAGGUGGCGCUGGGCGGCAUCGAGCGCAUGGAGGACGUGCAGGGCAUGGACUCCGCCAUCUUUGCGUCUGCGCCCGCGGAGUGCAUGGAGGCCCUGCUGGACCACGCACAGGAGGCCUACGGCGGCCUUGCCAAGUAUAUGACGGGGAUCGGGUUUGGGGAGGAGCGGCAAGCCGCGCUCCGGGAAGCCCUGACGGGAGGCGACUGGUGA